GAGAUAGCAGCAGAUGGACUGCUGCACAGCCUGCAACACACUCACAAAGGACAGACUGCAUGUGUGACAGUGUGUGUGUGAGAAUGGCUGUGAAUAAGUAAACCGUCUUCCAGGUCCUCUGGAGGUGGAUGCAGUGAGCGGUAAUCCUCCUGAGGAGAGAAGGGAUACAGGAAGUGACCAGGAUACAGAAGAGUGAACACUUCUGCUCUUCACACUCGGGUUGCUUUCACAGGGCAGGUGCAAACUACUGUAGUAAGCCUGUCAUCAGUGCACGUGACGGGAGUAUCUCAUUAAAUGCUGCAGGCUGGAGCAGAAUAUUUCACUUGCCUGACUUUGCCGGAGAAGAGAACCCGUGCCUUGUGCGAGGGAGAGGGGUGAGGAAAGGUCGGAGGGCACCGGAGGGGGACCCUCUAUGGUGAAGAUGAGUCUGGACCCUGUGCAGGUGAUGAGCGGACAGGUCAAGGAACUCAAAGUGGCCCCUUCGUCCAACGGGGAAAGCAGAGGGUCAUGGGAAGCGAAGGAAGAGUUUGAUCAAGACCACUUGGGGCUCACCACCAAGCCAAAGCCAGUGACAGGGAGACGGGCCCGCAAGGUGGAGGGAGGCGUGUUCUUCCCAAAGCCAGAGAACGCAGUGACCGUCGCCGUCUCCUCUCGGGUCUUGUUUCGGACUGAGCGGGAGCAGAAGGUGUUCGAGCAGAAAGGAGUGGAGGAGUAUCUGAGGUACCAGAUCGAACACGAGACCGAACCCUUCGCCCCGGGACCCGCUUUCCCCUUCGUAAAGGCUCUGGAGGCGGUGAACACUCGUCUGCGGGAGCUGUACCCACAAAGUGAAGAGCUGUUUGACAUCGUUUUGGUGACGUACAACCACGCACACGUGGGAAUCCGGCUCAUCAACACCAUCAAUCAUCACAAUUUGUUCAUAGAGAGGUUUUGUAUGACCGGGGGAAGCAGUCCCAUCGGCUAUCUGAAGGCCUGGCACACCAACCUCUACCUGUCUGCUGACGCUGACAAGGUCAGGGAGGCGCUGGCUGAAGGCAUCGCUGCAGCCACCAUGUUCAUGCCAGAGAAGCUGACAGAGGUAUCGGAUACACAGCUCAGGGUGGCAUUUGAUGGGGACGCCGUCCUCUUCUCGGAUGAAUCUGAGCGCAUCUUCAAGGCCCACGGGCUGGACAAGUUCUUCGAACACGAGCGGGACAACGAGGACACACUAUUGGAUCAUGGUCCCCUGAAGGGCUUCCUGGAGGCACUGGGGAAGCUCCAGAAAAAGUUUUACGCUAAAGGCCAGCGCCUGGACUGCCCCAUCCGAACAUACUUGGUCACAGCUCGUAGCGCAGCCAGCUCUGGGAUCAGGGCGCUGAAGACACUCAGGGCCUGGGGACUGGAGAUCGACGAGGCCUUGUUCCUCGCUGGAGCACCAAAGGGCCCCAUGCUGGAGAAGAUCAGGCCUCACAUCUACUUUGACGAUCAGAUGUUUCAUGUGGAGGGAGCGGCUGAGAUGGGCACCAUCGCCGCCCACGUGCCAUAUGGCAUUGCACAGAAAUACACCAAACAAAAAACCAGCGCGGGGAAGUAGCCAGCAGGAUGUUUCAGAGAGCUUGGAAAGAUGAACUUGUUCUGGUUUGCAUGUGGAGAUGCAUCAUUUCCGUACUGUACGAAUGUGUUGUAAGUUUGUUUUAUCACAAUGUCACCUGUCUCAGCUUAAUGCUACAAUGUUAGAAGUUAGGUAGAGGUCUGGAACCUGAGAUGAGCGUCCCUCAUCUUUCCAUUUCAAACCAUCGAUUCAUAUUGAAGUGUUUUAUGCAAUCUUGCUUUAAAACAGGAACAUCAAAAUGUGCUUGACUGCCAUGGCAACCUGCCAUUUCUCUCACUUCUACCUGUCUUCACGAAGAAGUCAUGUGUUCAGUAAAUGCUGGUGGAUGCAGAAUGAAUGGCUCCAUUGAUAUUAACAUGCCUCCUAUCUGAGAAAAGCACAAAGACCACAAUGUACCGUACUUCGCCAAUAUAUGAGCCAUAAGCGCAUUGCAGAAGUUUUGCAAAGUGAAAAAUGACAGUGAUGUACCGUCACAACUUCAAUAAUUUUACAGUUGACUACACAAGAAUGUAAAAUUGUCGAUUUGCACCCAUAGGAAAUGUCCUGUAUAUUACUGAAUAUAUUAUCUACAACUGUGUUAGUCCAAAACAAAUAUAGGAAGCCAUAAGUUUCAUUUGGUGCCUUAGUUUAAAAGAUUACACAAUUUUUAGCCUGUGGAGCAGUGUGGGCAGCUCAGUACUUCUGGGGUGGAAUAUCUAAACAACAACUGUUGAAUAGAAUAAAUCUUUACCUAGAGAAUGACAGCUAAGUGAUGAUACGUGACUUUUCACGUUACCUCACUUGCAAAAUUGUACAAACAUAAACCAGCUAUUGAGAUAUUGUCCCUAUCCUCAGCUGUACAACAUUAUUAGAAUGCUUUAGUUUCUUCUCUUUAGCAUUGUUAAUGUAAUUACUGAAUAUAUGAAUGUAUAAUACUGAAGAAGGUACACAUUUAUAGACACAGCAAUAAGUUUCAGUCGGUGCCUUUAGUUUCAGUGAAGAGCUAGCAUUUCUAGCUAUGCUAGUAGUGGGCUCUUCGUCCACAGAGAAAUAUCUUGACAACUGGAAUUUGGUGUCAGUGACUUUUUAAAUGGCAUCAUGCGUUCAACAUGUUCACAGAAACACCUUCCAAAAUAAAUGAUUAAUUUCCAUCACCAUCCUAGGAAAACACACCAUUAGCAUUCUAAGGUUUCCUUGCUUAAAAUGUCAAAGCGACUAUGCAAGAAUUCUGGUUCAUUCAAAGAUUUUAAGUCAGAAUAUCAAAAGAUUGUGAAUAAAUAGCAGUUUUGACAUUCUGAUGUCUAUGUAUUGUGUUGCAGAGAUAUUGACUGAAGUUAGCAUGCUAACGAGCUAGCUACAGUCUGUCCAGGUCCGAAGCCCCUGUGCUAGUGAUGUGAACACUAACACACUCUCCUGGUUCCUGAGCUCAUAGUCCAAACCAGUAGCUGUUCUACUGGUCUAUCUUGCUAAGGGCAGCUACAGGUACCAGCCAUUAGCGGUCACUCAGGUGAUACGCUUCCCCCCUAUUUGUCUUGAAUAUGAAUUUGACAGCCGGUCAACUCUUAUGUAUUGCACCUUUAAAUGUAGCCUACACACUGAGACAUAAUACUCUUAUGGUAUUAUUUAGUAUUCUUUCGAUUCAAAAUAUCUAUUGGCAGCCACAACUUUCAAUAGAUGCCUAGCAUGCUAUCACUGUGGUUGGUUUGGUCCAGUGAGAAUUAUCUGGACACCUUGGAAAAUGGGUGUCCCCUUUCAUAUUCUGGAUUGUCGUCGACAGUCCAAAAUGAAACAUGAGUUCAUUGCAUCAGUAAACAACACAACACACUUGAAACUAAUUAAAAUAUUACAGCAGUUAAAGCAACGCACUACCGUUAGUAUGCUAAAGUUUACCAAGCUAGCAUGCUAGUGUAAGUAACCUGAGGCUGGCUAUGUGCACAGUGGAAUGAUAAAAAUUGGGUGAAUUCUGAUGGUCUCAGAUGUCCCUAAAAUGGCUGCUUGAUGUGUUACGUAACACUACUUUGCUCACUUUGGCCAAUAUUUCCCCACAAGUUAUAGGAAGAAGAGAUUUAUCUCCAUAUUUAACCUGCUCAGCAGUUUAGCUUAGCCCAGUAGUACAGAAGAUUGGGCCUUCUAUGGCUUCUCUUUUUUAAAAGCCAUCCUGUUUGCUAAUAUGAGGACAUCACAGCCUCUGUGCAGGGUGCUAUGGUGUCCCGCUAACUGAGGUAUCACAUUAACAGAAUCAACAAGCAGCUAGCUUGAUUUUACUGCCCUCUCCUGUACAUCAAAGUUAAUACAAAGUCACACUGAGGUGGGAUUGAUUCAUGUCAUAAAGUUAAAACAUUUUUUCUUUAAUUGACUAAAUGGCCACAGUGGCCUUUUGAAAAUGCCAGUCCACCUCACAUCACUCUGUCACAGCUGGCCCGUCCUCAGGUGACUUCCACCUAGUGUAUCUUGAGCGAUGUUCAUUAUGUUUUAUCAGCCUUCUGAGGGUGUUGAAGCUCAAUAAAGUGACAAGCGAUCCACUGGUCACAGCCAACGAACACAUAAUUAAACAGAUGUGUCUUUUGGCAGACACUCGUCCUCAAUUGCUGGCUGAGGAGUCGGACAAUAAAGCUUCAGUGGCAGCAGUCCGGGCAGGUUUGACUUCGAGGUGGACACUCAGGAUCAGACUAAUGCACACGAGGCAGUGUUCGAACAAUUCAGCAACACGUUUCUGAUGACUUUGUUAUGUAUAAGACAUGGUAAUAUAAGACAGUGUAAAUGAGCGAAAAAAAAUAAAGAUGUAAAUGCUUUACUCCUG